AUGGAAACGAUAUGUAUGGAAGAAAAAAGUGGAAGAAUUUUGUGCUGUGACUGUGGUGCUUCGAUUGAACCAAAUUCAAUGAAUAUGUGCUUUGCAUGCGUGCAGUCACGUAUUGAUAUUACAGAAGGGAUAACGAAACAGAGUCGAGCUUUCAUGUGUAAAUUCUGCAAUCGAUGGUUGAUACCACCGAAUGGAUGGGUUCAUGCACAACGAGAAUCCAAGGAAAUGCUUGCCAUAUUGUUGAAAAAACUAAGGCCCACAAUGACGAAGGUAGCGCUUAUGCUAUUGAAUCAAAAUCCAUUACGUUAG